CGUCGCAGCAUGAUAGACAUCGGUUGAGCCAAAAUGGCGCUCGUGAUCCUUCAGAGUGAAGUGGGUUAGCAUGAAACCAGGCCAAUUAAACCUCUUAUGACCCGGUUCGGUGUUCAUCAGUAGGAUUAAUUACGUUGAUCUUUAAGACGAGACGCUGUGAAGACGCGUUUAAAUGCGGUGAGGUAAAGUAUUCGUGCUGAUUUGCGAAAGUGAAAGUCAAGUGCAGCGAUUAGCCGAUGGCAGGACGCAGAGUCGAGUGCUUAUGGAAACGUCAUGUCGUAGAGCAGCUGAAGCAGAGAGACAGAGUUCAGCGGCAAGCCUUCGAAGAGAUUAUACAUCAAUAUAACCGUUUGUUGGAGAAGUCUGAUUUUCAGGCUGUCCUCUCUGAACGUCUCCAGACGGACAAAUAUGAACAGCACAACAGACAUGAUCUCAGUCCGGGGGCUGAUGGUGGUCGCAGUGAUGCUCUGCAGCAGGAAAUGGCUCAGAUGAGAAUCAGACAUCAGGAGGAACUGACGGAGUUACACAAGAAACGUGGAGAGUUGGCCCAGAAUGUCAUUGAACUAAAUAACCAGAUUCAGCAGAAAGAUAAGGAGAUUCAGAGUAAUGAAGCUAAGAUGUUGGAGUACCAGCAGCAGAUCGCUCAUUUGGAAGGUGAGUGUUGUGAAUUGCGUAACUCUCUCACCGAUCUGGAACGAGCCAAUCAGACGCUACGAGACGAAUAUGACGCCCUGCAGAUCACUUUCAGCGCUCUGGAGGAGAAACUACGGAAAACAACGGAGGACAAUCAGGAGCUGGUGACGCGCUGGAUGGCUGAGAAAUCUCAGGAGGCAAACAGACUCAAUGCAGAGAACGAGAAAGACACCAGGCGCAGACAGGCCAAACUUCAGAAGGACUUAGCAGACGCAGCAAAGGAGCCGCUUCCCAUUGAGCAAGAUGAUGACAUCGAAGUGCUCUCAGAGGAAGCUCCUAAGGAAACAGGUGAUACGUCACCGAGCAGACAGAUUAGUCGCACUCCCAGUAAACGGACGUCUCAGCCUCUUCCUGCCGGACUGCUGGACUCAAUCAGUAAUAUAUUUGGCCUGUCUGAUUCUGUUCACACUGGUUUCGUCCCGUCUGAGUCCAGAAGACGACGUUCUGUGAAUUCAUUCGGGACGUCUCCCGAGGCAGCCGAAGCACCGUCGACGUGCACCGAAGUCCGUGUGCCCUCCACCGCCCUGCACAUCUUUGAUGCUCAUGACGGCGAAGUAAACGCGGUGAGGUUCAGUCCUGGAUCUCGACUGCUCGCCACAGGAGGAAUGGACCGCAGAGUCAAACUUUGGGAGGUCAUAUCAGGACACUGUGAACCCAAAGGUGCUCUGACCGGCAGCAAUGCAGGAAUCACCAGUAUAGAGUUUGACAGUGCGGGUUCGUAUCUACUGGCCGCAUCGAAUGAUUUCGCCAGCAGAAUCUGGACUGUUGAUGACUACAGACUGCGGCACACGCUCACAGGACACAGUGGAAAGGUUUUGUCUGCUCGUUUUCUUCUCGACAACACUCGAAUCGUCUCUGGCAGUUACGAUCGGACGCUGAAGCUCUGGGACUUGCGCAGUAAAGUCUGUAUGAAGACGGUUUUUGCGGGCUCCAGCUGUAAUGAUAUCGCUUGCACAGAUCAAUGCGUCAUGAGCGGACACUUCGAUAAGAAAAUUCGUUUCUGGGACAUCAGGUCGGAGAGUAUCGUGCGUGAGCUGGAGCUGCUGGGCCGUGUGACGUCUUUAGACUUGAAUCACGACCGCACCGAGCUUCUCACCUGUUCCCGCGAUGACCUGGUGAAAAUAAUCGAUUUACGCGGUAAUGCUGUGCGACAGACGUUUAGUGCUCCAAGUUUUAAGUGUGGAACUGACUUUACCAGAGUAACUUUUAGUCCUGAUGGCAGUUAUGUAGCAGCGGGUUCGGCAGAUGGAGUUCUGCACAUUUGGAACGUCCUAACAGGAAAACUUGAGAAAACUCUUGAUAAAGGUCACAGUACUGCCAUAAAUUCGGUCUCCUGGUCUGCGUCGGGAGCGUACGUGGCCAGCGUUGAGAAAGGCAGCAAGGGCGUGCUUUGGUCUGACAUGUGAACGGCUGAUCUCUUCCCUGCCUCUGCAGUGAUUGGUUGAACACUUCCUUCUUGUGAUUGGAUGAAGCAGACUGCAUAAAGACUGCAUGAGAGAAAGUGAGCCUCUUCACCUCCCACCGGCAUCUUGGACUACAUUUCCCAGAAUGCCAUUUGUUCACAGACCCAUAAUUAUGUGCUGCUCUUCUGUAUGAAUGGAUAGCACUGCAUACAUUGUAUAAAAAUGCAGCGUUUCUGCACCGUUGGUUAUCACAGACAUACUCCACGUGAGGCAUGGAAGAUUAUUUUAACAUUGAUUUAAAUGAGAUGCGUUUGUAUGCGUUAACUGUGGGCAUUGAUGCUUUGCCUUACAGAUACAAGCCAUUGAGCGUUUGUGUGCGUGUGUUUGACUCAGACUCCAGUGGAUCUUCAUUACUUCAUUCUGCAGUUCCUGAGGUGUUUCAUAGGUGGUGCUGUUUCCAAAACGAUUUUUUUGAAGCUCAUUGGCUGAAAUUAAAUGGCUGGAAUUAAAACA